CGUUCAUACGCAGUCACACGAGGGCUGUAGCCAGAUAUACAAGUCAGCUGCUGGAUUUUUAAAAAACAUGGUAAAAUCGUACUAUAACUGAUCAAACUACAAUACCAUCAUUUCAAUAUAUCGUGGUUCUUGAUUCAGCUGUUGGAAUAAUUGAAAAUGUGUUUCAGUUGUUGAUUGGAUUUUGUAUGCCUUGUUUUGCGCUGCUAGCUUAGCUAGCUAACAGUAGCCACUUGACUUGAGCUAACUGAAGUGUGAAUUAUUCUUUAUUUCUGACUGUUUUAUUUCCAUACGUUUACUUUAGGGGAAACAGAAGACCAAGAAGUUUGCUUCAAUGAAGAGGAUGAUAAGCUUGAAAGAUCAGAGAAUGUGAGUUUCUGCCAAUGAUUUUAGCUAGUACGAAUAUGAAUGUCAUUGGUUUCUGCACAGAUUCACACCGUCUAUUUUAGCUGACUGAUAAACCAUGCCAACUUUGUAGAUUCGCUAAACGUCAAGCUAACAAGUUGGCAUGGAUUGUCAGAAAUAAUGUUGAUGGCUAGAUAACAAACGUUAGCUUCCUAAUUGCUCACACAUUCAUUUCUUUAGUUUGACUAAGACAUACCAUCUAUCAUGAUAUAUUCCAGUUGAGUCCUCAUGGUAUCGACUCUGUUUCUUUAGAAAAGAGAAAGAUCGUGCCAAAGUACAAGAGAAAAAGAAAAAGGAUCCAUCAGAAAUAAAGGAAAAAGAAGUGUAAGUAGCUUCACAAGUAGCCUGGUUGCCAUCUCUGUUCAGCUAUUAGAUUCCACUCCUUGCCACUCCUGUUAUUGAAUUCCACUCCUGUCAUUUGCCAAAGAGACUGGCCUUUAAGCAAUCUUCAAAUAUGAACAUUCUAUCAUUAAUGAGCCCGAGGAGAUCAGAGGAUUUGAUCCUGAUUUGAUAACCCUCACAGCUAUCAUCCAAUCGUGAUGUUUAUGCAAAUUCAACUUAGGAAAACGUUCUAACUUAAUUCAUACAUUUGAUUGGAAAUAUUCUAACAUUGGGCGUUCUGCUGUAAUACAUUUCAUUGUAAACAUAAACAUUGGACGCGGGGAGAACAGAGGAUUCCCGUUUUUUUCAUUUUUGCCACCAGCCAAUGUGAUCCCAUCACACCAGAGAAGCUCUCGCCAUUCAAACUUCUCUGCCUGUUCAUUGUGAACGCUGUAGCCUAUUUUAUAUCCAGCAAGCAAGAGCAAGGUACUCUCUUUCCUAGAAUGUGUGUGUGUGUGUGUAUGUAUGUGUAUUUAUUCAUUUGAAUUGCUCAAAAUAAGCAACCAAACUAUAUUGCUACUUCUGGGACACACAUUGGGCUAGGCUACUAGUUCAAGAGCUAUAAGAGGAGAAGAGAGGCCAGUGGAGAUGCAUGAAUUGCGCAAGAAGGGAACAGUGAAGAUGUGUAAGUUAGAAGUUUAUUAAUUGGCUGGGCUAUUUAUCCACCAUUCGUAUGCUAGCCUAUCUAUUAGUCCUAGCCUACUACAGUGAAUUUAGGCAGCCACCACAUGUGCUAGCAAGCCAGAAACAAAAAAAUAUUUGUCUGCACAUUUUGGCCAAUGAAUUGAAGUUGAACAGUUUAAUUUAAAUGUGCAACGAAAAAGUAUAGUGACUAGGGCUAUUUCAUGAAACCCUGACUGUUGACGUAGGCAACAGAUCGCAAAGCAGGGAUUCCCCACUGAGCUCAUUUUUGGAAAUGCAAGUUCACUUUCUCAUUCAUAAACGCAUAUCAAAUGCAAGUGUGUUGUCCAGUAGCUGACAUCAGCAGGAUGGGGGGCCUUUUCAUUAGGAUGAUAAUGGUCCCAUUUCCUCAAUUUAAAUAUUAGGCCUAUGGGAACACCUACAGUACCAGUCAAAAGUUUGGACACACCUACUCAUUCAAGGGUUUUUCUUUAUUUUUACUAUCUUCUACAUUGUAGAAUUUUAGUGAAAUGAAAUAACACAUAUGGAAUCAUGUAUUAACCAAAAAAGUGUUAAACAAAUCAAAAUAUAUUUUAGAUUCUUCAAAGUAGCCACCCUUUGCCUUGAUGACAGCUUUGCACACUCUUGGCAUUCUCUCAACCAGCUUCAUGCGGAAUGCUUUUCCAACAGUCUUGAAGGUGUUCCCACAUAUGCUGAGCACUUGUUGGCUGCUUUUCCUUCACUCUGCAGUUCGACUCAUCCCAAACCAUCACAAUUGGGUUGAGUUCGGGUGAUUGUGGAGGCCAGGUCAUCUGGCGUAUCGCUGCAGAAUUCCUUGAAUUCUAAAUCAAUCACAAGUGUCACCAGCAAAGCACCAUCACACCUCCUCCAUGCUUCACGGUCUAUUGUCCAUUGCUCGUGCUUCUUGGGCCCAAGCAAGUCUCUUCUUCUUAUUGGUGUCCUUUAGUAGUGGUUUCUUUGCAGCAAUUCGACCAUGAAGGCCUGAUUCAUGAAGUCUCCUCUGAACUGUUGAUGUCUUACUUGAACUCUGUGAAGCAUUUAUUUGGGCUGCAAUCUGAGGUGCAGUUAACUCUAGUGAACUUAUCCUCUGCAGCAGAGGUAACUCUGGGUCUUACUUUCCUGUGGCGGUCCUCAUGAGCCAGUUUCAUCAUAGCGCUUGAUGGUUUUUGCGACUGCACUUGAAGAAACGUUCAAAGUUCUUGAAAUGUUCCGUAUUGACUGACAUUCAUGUCUUGGACUGUCGUUUCUCUUUGCAUAUUUGAGCUUUUCUUGACAUAAUAUGGACUUUGGUCUUUUACCAAAUAGGGAUAUCUUCUGUAUACCACCCCUACCUUGUCACAACACAACUGAUUGGCUGAAACGCAUUAAGAAGGAAAGAAAUUCCACAAAUUUACUUUUAAGGCACACCUGUUAAUUGAAAUGCAUUCCAGGUGACUACCUCAUGAAGCUGGUUGAGAGAAUGCCAAGAGUGCGCAAAGCUGUCAAGGCAGAGUGUGGCUACGUUGAAGAAUCUCAAAUAUAACAUAUAUUUUGAUUUAACACUUUUUUGGGUUACUACAUGCUUCCAUAUGUGUUAUUCCAUAGUUUUGAUGUCUUCACUAUUAUUCUACAAUGUAGAAAAACCCUGGAAUGAGUAGGUGUCCAAACUUUUGACUGGUACUGUAUAUAUUUGGCAGCCAAGUGCGAGUGAUCACUGUAGCCUUUCAUCUAGACAUGAUGUUGAAAUAUAUAUAUUCACACCUAGAAUAAAAACCACCAGGCCUCUGUCAUAGACUCAAUAACCAAAAAAAAUAGACAAUAAAAGAAUGACAGUGGGGAAAACUAAUCCUGUGACGAUCUUCCUCUGGAAUAAGGCACAUGCUGGGAUGUGAUUAAUUAAUGAUUAUAUAACCAAUGUCUAGUAAUAGGCCUACUCUAGCUCCCUCCCCCUUCAAACUUUCCUUGUCAGUUAAUUUGAUAAGCUACAUUAUUUUAGCAUUAUGUUUAAUGUAGCAUAGGCCUACUUUUUGAUGGACUACAGCCAAGAUUUUGAAGGUGAGCCUAGGUUCUGAAUAUGUUUUUAGGAAGAAAUGUGAAUUGUGUGUGUCUGAGAUGUGCUGGUGGCUUUGAUUGAUGGGUCCUUUUACGGUGUCUGUGAGUUCGAAUUCUCUAUGUCCAUUCAGAAUGUUUUCUACAGUACCUGUCUGGACUACAUCUCUCAAUAAGAGCGGAGGGACAAAUAAUAUAACUGAAAUGAGCAUAACAAAAAUGUAAGCAAGUCAUGAUGAUCAGCAUAUGUACGAGUAAUGACGACAGGUGCCAGUUUUGCGUUUCUUUUCUCUCAUUAAAUACACACACAAACGCAGCUCGAUAAAAUCUUGUAGGCUAAUAUUUUCCUUAUCAUUAUUUCUGUCAUUACGGAGUCCUCUCUGGCUACUUUGAACAAUGGUUGCCGAAAGGCCAGUCUCUUUGGCAAAUGCAAGGAGUGGAAUGUUAGCUAAAAAGACUGGUACCAAGACUACUUCACAAGUAUCAACACAAACAAAUGCAAAUGUACCCAUAACUCUUAACUGAUAUUCAGAGUAUUGUGGACACAUGAUUGAAGUAUAGGUUGAUACCUUCCUACUGUGUGUUCACACAUUAUUUUCCUACCUGCAGUCCAAAAUAUCCAUCAUGCCUGUUCUUCCAGUACAACACUCAGCUUGGUCCCCCUUAUCACAUCCUGGUUGACACCAAUUUCAUCAACUUCUCCAUCAAGGCUAAACUGGACAUAGUUCAGUCAAUGAUGGACUGCCUGUACGCCAAAUGUGAGUAUCUGGAGUUUAUUCAGCGUAAACUCAGUUAAUGGAACUAAGCAAUAACCGGUGUAUUUUUAAAUUAUACUCUUGCUUGUUAUCAAGGUAUCCCAUGCAUCACAGACUGUGUAAUGGCUGAGAUAGAGAAACUGGGGAUGAAGUAUCGAGUUGCUCUGAGGUAACUAGCCUGUUGUGAAGACCAACAUCCAGAUACACCAUACACACACGUUCUGAGGGUAUUAUCAACGUUCCAUAUGGAAGGUAUAUGCCGUAUACAUUGUCUGCCUCUGUAGGAUAGCCAAGGAUCCUCGGUUCGAACGACUGCCAUGCACCCACAAAGGAACAUACGCUGAUGACUGCUUAGUUCAAAGGGUAACCCAGGUAAUGUAGUUUAAUCUACUAAAUGGACAAUGUAUUACAUUAGGGGAACCCUUUAGCCAUUAGAGCACUGUGGUUUUAUACCAGAGAAGAACAUCAAUUAAAUAAUGUAUCUUUCACAGCACAAGUGCUACAUCCUGGCAACUGUGGACAGGGACCUGAAGAGAAGGAUCAGAAAGAUCCCAGGAGUGCCCGUCAUGUACAUCUCUAACCAUAGGUCAGAAUUAACAUCAGAUUAUCAGUGUUCAAUGGGUAAUUUGUGGUUAUCACUGUGUUUAUAACUAGUUUAUAUAUAUCUAUCUCUGAUCAAAUGUCUUAUGAUCUUUAAACCAUGUCGUAAAAAUGUAUGCGCACAUGACUGUAAGUCGCUUUGGAUAAAAGCGUCUGCUAAAUGGCUUAUUAUUAUUAUGUCUAACUUAUUAUAUUUUUCACAGGUUCAACAUUGAAAGAAUGCCUGAUGACUAUGGUGCUCCAAGAUUUUAAUAUUCAAUUGAAAUUCCAGUUGGACUGUGGCUUUUGUCGAAGAGGUUUUGAUUUGUUUACCUGCUUAUUGUAUAUUAUUAAAGGACUUAAGUUUAUGCUCUUUACAUUUUUAGCAAAAAGGAUGACAGAAUAAUCAUUUUGCAAAUUUGGCUGGUGUAUUUCUAGUAUUCUGAAACUGUUUUUCACUUUGUUCCAUAAAAGUGCAAAUGCAUUCUGCCAAGGUGUGAACAUUGCAAUAAAUUAAUGAAAGAAAAGUAAAAUGUAUCCAGUUUUUUUUUCUAUGAUAGUGUGAAGAGGUAGGCUAUACCUCUUUAAUCCUAGAGAGCUAUGAUAAUUUGGAGAGUGCAUUUAUUAUAAACCCUUGCUUUGUGCUGCUUGUAAAGUAUCCAAGAAUGAUGCCAAUAAAAUCAAUUUGCUGUUAAAA